AUGACUCUCGUAUUGACGUGCACUACAACAUUGCAUACAACAAACUGCAUGUUUUCUCCAUACACAACCAAAUUCCAAGCAUUCGUCGUGUACAACAAACCAGGAGCAACCAACUGUAGCGCCCCAUCCAUCCCAGCUCAUGCACACCUCACAGACCGCCGAUUGAACUACAACUACGGUGACAGGAUUACUAUAACUUGCAAUACCAGCUCGGAUAGCUUCACCAUUCAGUGCCACAACAAGGGACUAUGGAGUGGACCCCACAUCUCAUGUCCUGCACCUGCAUAUGCAGUCGGUCUUCCAGCCAAAUGUAGCGCUCCUAUAAUUCCGAGGUACUCCGCGAUUCAAUCACUUCAGUUGAGCUAUAACCAUGGGGAAAGUGUGACUGUACAAUGUGACAAUAGCAGUGUUCAACCCUUUACACUUCGAUGUAAUACCACAGGGUUAUGGAUUGGUCAAAUGCAACAGUGUCCUCCGCCAAUUGCAGAGCCGGUACGAUGUAACAGUCCGUACAUCCCGAGGUAUGGGUCAAUUGAUAACCUUCGUCUGGACUACAGUGUUGGCGCCAGUGUAAGAAUCACAUGUGACAACAGUACAGACAACUAUAACAUUCGGUGUAACUCUGACGGAUUCUGGACGGGAAGCGUUCUUUCUUGUCCGGCACCAAUUGAAGACCCAGAGAAAUGCAGCGCCCCUUAUGUUCCAAGGUAUGCAACAAUCCAGGGCCUCAAAAUGAGCUACGACUUCAAUGAACAAAUAACCGUAACGUGCGACAACAGUACUACACAGUUUACCCUCAGAUGUGACGUGCAUGGCCUUUGGAGCGGUCCAGUAGUGUCUUGUCCAGAACCUUACAGACCCCCUACAAGGUGCAACGCUCCUAGCAUUCCAAGAUAUUCAUCAGUUCAGAAUCUUCAAGCAUCUUACGACUUGGGCGCCAGGGUAAAUGUAAGAUGUGAUAACAGCUCGGUUCGAUUCGCACUCAGAUGUCGCACAGGUGGACUCUGGGAGGGACAGGUAGCAAAUUGCCCGACACCUAUAGCAAAACCGAUACGAUGUAACAGUCCGUACAUCCCGAGGUAUGGGUCUAUUGAUAACCUUCGUCUGGACUACAGUGUUGGCGACAGUAGCAGGAUCACAUGUGACAACAGUGCAGACAGCUAUAACCUCCAGUGCAACUCUGACGGAUUCUGGACGGGAAGCGUUCUUUCUUGUCCGGCACCAGUUGAAGCUCCGGAGAAGUGCAGCGCCCCUUACGUCCCAAGGUAUGCCACAAUCCAGGCCCUGAGGAUGAGCUACGACUUCAAUGAACAAAUAACCGUAACGUGUGACAACAGUACUACACAGUUUACCCUCAGAUGUGACGUGCAUGGCCUUUGGAGUGGUCCAGUUGUGUCUUGUCAAGAACCUUACAGACAACCGGUACGAUGUAACAGUCCGUACAUCCCAAGGUAUGGGUCAAUCGAUAACCUUCGUCUGGACUACAGUGUUGGCGACAGUGUUAUGAUCACAUGUGACAGCAGUACGGACAGCUAUAACCUACGGUGUAACUCUGGUGGAUUCUGGAUGGGAAGCGUUCUUUCUUGUCCAUCGCCAAUUGAAGCUCCAGAUAAUUGCAGCGCCCCGUACGUCCCAAGGUAUGCAACAAUCCAGGGCCUCAAAACGAGCUAUGAAUUCAAUGAACAAAUAACCGUAGUAUGUGACAACAGUACUUCACAGUUCACCCUCAGAUGUCACACUCAUGGCCUAUGGAGUGGCCCAGUAGUGUCUUGUCCCGAACCUUACAGACCCCCAGUGCAGUGCAGCGCCCCUUACGUCCCAAGGUAUGCCACAAUCCAGGACCUCAAAAUGAGCUACGAUUUCAAUGAAAGAAUAACCGUAACGUGUGACAACAGCACUACACAGUUCACCCUCAGAUGUGACGCGCAUGGCCUUUGGAGAGGUCCGGUGGUGUCUUGUCCAGAACCUUACAGACCUCCCGUAAAAUGCAGCGCACCAUACGUUCCACGAUAUGCAACAAUUCAAAACUUUCAAAUGAGUUAUGACUAUAGUGAUAUAAUCACUGUGACAUGUGAUGGAAGAACCACUCAGUUUAUCCUACAGUGUGACACAAACGGUCUAUGGAAAGGACAGGCAGUAGAUUGUAGAGAACCUCCACAAGUUCCAAGACAAUGCAAUGCUCCUGCUAUCCCAAUAUAUUCAAGUAUUGAGGGACAACAAUUGGUUUAUAAUGCUAAUGACGAGGUAGUUGUAUCCUGUGACGGAGGUAGUUCUCAGUUCACCCUUCGAUGUAACAAUGCUGGAAUAUGGACUGGACCUACCAUCGUUUGCCCUGCGCCUGAUCCGGGUGCCACUCAUCAAACCUUCUGUAGUGCUCCGGUCAUUCCCCGUCAUUCAACCAACCAGAAUCUUCGUCUCUCAUACAAACCUGGCGAUAGGGUUAACGUGACAUGCAAUGAAGAUCAUAGUUCUUUCCUCUUGGUAUGUCGAGAAGGGUUAUGGAUUGGACAAAACAUAGUGUGCGAGGAACCAGAUGUAGAAUGCAACCCACCAAUUAUACCAGCUGUUUCAUCUGUCAAAAAUUUAAAACCUCGCUACAAGGUUGGCGACGAGGUCAACGUUACCUGCAACGGCGACUCUGAUUGGUUCAUUUGGGAAUGUCACCGGGAUGGCAAAUGGCGGGGAAGGGCCAUUGAUUGCCCUAUUCCAAAACCAUCCCUUGGCCAUGUUAGAACCGUUCCAGGAAAUACUGCAGAUAGAAAAGCUGAGAAUGAGAGCACAGGUUUCUUAACUACGGCCCUGCUUGUAACUGCGCUGAUCGUUUUCGUUUUGGUGCUGAUGUCAAUGGCAGGUCUCUCGAUCUUCGUGAAACGUCGGGUCCGUUCAUCCUCAAACGAAUACCUGCAUGAUAAAAGUGCUGACCGGGGACCACUCCCUGACGUCCCAUCGGGAUACGCAGGUUACAUUGCAGGUGACAAGUCAUUGUACACGGAACCCUACCUCAAACCAGACCGCAACACUCAUAACUACGAAGACUAUGAUACCCCACGUUAA